CAUUUUCGUAAUUUCUUCGGUGACGAAAGGCCUUUUUCUUUGGAUAUUGAAGGCUACAGAUCACGGAUUCGGCCUGAGGCUAUUCUCCAACGAUGAUUGAGUCCAUUAAUCACCGAUUUGGGCGGAUUUAUUCCGUGUCAAUUUUUGGCAGAUUCCAAAGGGGUACCAUCACAGAUUUCGACGAUUUAUCCGAAAUGCCAUUUUCUUUCGAUUCUGGAAGCUACAGAUCACGGAAUCAAGCCAAGCCUAUUCUCCACCGAUAAUGAAGUCUAUUGAUCCUAUUCUCCACGGAUGAUAAGUCCGUUAAGCAUCGAUUUGGUUCAAUUUAUUUUCAGAUGGCAUUUUUGUAAUUUCUUCGGUGACGAAAGGCCAUUUUCUUUGGAUAUUGAAGGCUACAAAUCACGGAUUCGGCCUGAGGCUAUUCUCCAACGAUGAUUGAGUCCAUUAAGCACCAAUUUGGGAGGAUUUAUUCGGGGUCAAUUUUUCGCAGAUUUAAAGGGCUACCAUCACAGAUUUCAGGCGUUUUAUCCGAAAUGCCAUUUUCUUUCGAUUCUGGAGGCUACAAAUCACGGAAUUAGGCCGAGGCUAUUCUCCACCGAUAAUGAAGUCUAUUAAUCCUAUUCUCCACGGAUGAUAAGUCCGUUAAGCAUCGAUUUGGGCCAAUUUAUUUUCGGAUGGCAUUUACGUAAUUUCUUGGCCGACGGAAGACCAUUUUCUUUGGAUAUUGAAGGCUACAGAUCACGGAUUCGGCCUGAGGCUAUUCUCCAACGAUGAUUGAGUCCAUUAAUCACCGAUUUGGGCAGAUUUAUUCCGGGUCAAUUUUUGGCAGAUUCCAAAGGGGUACCAUCACAUAUUUCGCGCUAUUUAUCCGAAAUGGCAUUUUCUUUUGAAUCUGGAGGCUACAGAUCACGAAAUCAAGCCGAGGCUAUUCUCCACCGAUAAUGAAGUCUAUUGAUCCUAUUCUCCACGAAUGAUAAGUCCGUUAAGCAUCGAUUUGCGCCAAUUUAUUUUCGGAUGGCAUUUUCGUAAUUUCUUGACGACGAAAAGCCAUUUUCUUUGGAUAUUGCAGGCUACAGAUCACGUAUUCGGCCUUAGGCUAUUCUCCAACGAUGAUUGAGUCCAUUAAGAACCGAUUUGGGCGGAUUUAUUCCGGGUUAAUUUUUGGCAGAUUCCAAAGGAGUACCAUCACAGAUUUCGAUGAUUUAUCCGAAAUGCCAUUUUCUUUCGAUUCUGGAGGCUACAGAUCACGGAAUCAAGCCGAGCCUAUUCUCCACCGAUAAUGAAGUCUAUUGAUCCUAUUCUCCACGGAUGAUAUGUCCGUUAAGCAUCGAUUUGGUUCAAUUUAUUUUCAGAUGGCAUUUUCGUAAUUUCUUCGGUGACGAAAGGCCAUUUUCUUUGGAUAUUGAAGGCUACAGAUCACGGAUUUGGCCUGAGGCUAUUCUCCAACGAUGAUUGAGUCCAUUAAGCACCGAUUUGGGCGGAUUUAUUCCGGGUGAAUUUUUGGCAGAUUCCAAAGGGGGUACCAUCACAGAUUUCAGGCCAUUUAUCCGAAAUGCCAUUUUCUUUCGAUUCUGGAGGCUAUAGAUCACGGAAUCAAGCCGAGGCUAUUCUCCACAGAUAAUGAAGUCUAUUGAUCCUAUUCUCCACGGAUGAUAAGUCCUUUAAGCAUCAAUUUGGGCCAAUUUAUUUUCGGAUGGCAUUUUCGUAAUUUCUUCGGUGACGAAAGGCCAUUUUCUAUGGAUAUUGAAGGCUACAGAUCACGGAUUCGGCCUGAAGCUAUUCUCCAACGAUAUUUGAGUCCUUUAAGCACCGAUUUGGGAGGAUUUAUUCCGGGUCUAUUUUUGGCAGAUUCCAAAGGGGUACCAUCACUGAUUUUGGGCCAUUUAUCCGAAACGCCAUUUUCCUUCGAUUCUGGAGGCUACAGAUCACGGAAUCAAGCCGAGGCUAUUCUCCACCGAUAAUGAAGUCUAUUGAUCCUAUUCUCCACGGAUGAUAAGUCCUUUAAGCAUCGAUUUGGGCCAAUUUAUUUUCAGAUAGCAUUUUUCGUAAUUUCUUCGGUGACGAAAGGCCUUUUUCUUUGGAUAUUGAAGGCUAUAGAUCACGGAUUCGGCCUGAGGCUAUUCUCCAACGAUGAUUGAGUCCAUUAAUCACCGAUUUGGGCGGAUUUAUUCCGGGUGAAUUUUUGGCAGAUUCCAAAGGGGUACCAUCACAGAUUUCGACGAUUUAUCCGAAAUGCCAUUUUCUUUCGAUUCUGGAAGCUACAGAUCACGGAAUCAAGCCGAGCCUAUUCUCCACUGAUAAUGAAGUCUAUUGAUCCUAUUCUCCACGGAUGAUAAGUCCGUUAAGCAUCGAUUUGGUUCAAUUUAUUUUCAGAUGGCAUUUUUGUAAUUUCUUCGGUGACGAAAGGCCAUUUUCUUUGGAUAUUGAAGGCUACAAAUCACGGAUUCGGCCUGAGGCUAUUCUCCAGCGAUUAUUGACUCCAUUAAGCACCGAUUUGGGCGGAUUUAUUCCGGGUCAAUUUUUGGCAGAUUCCAAAUGGGUACCAUCACAGAUUUCCGACGAUUUAUCUGAAAUGCCAUUUUCUUUCAAUUCUGGAGGCUACAAAUCACGGAAUUAGGCCGAGGCUAUUCUCCACCGAUAAUGAAGUCUAUUAAUCCUAUUCUCCACGGAUGAUAAGUCCGUUAAGCAUCGAUUUGGGCCAAUUUAUUUUCGGAUGGCAUUUUCGUAAUUUCUUGGGCGACGAAAGGCCAUUUUUUUUGGAUAUUGCAGGCUACAGAUCACGGAUUCGGCCUGAGGCUAUUCUCCAACGAUGAUUGAGUCCAUUAAGCACCGAUUUGGGCGGAUUUAUUCCGGGUCAAUUUUUGGCAGAUUUCAAAGGGGUACCAUCACAUAUUUCAGGCCAUUUAUCCGAAAUGCCAUUUUCUUUCGGUUCUGGAGGCUACAGAUCACGAAAUCAGGCCGAGGCUAUUCUCCACCGAUAAUGAAGUCUAUUGAUCCUAUUCUCCACGAAUGAUAAGUCCGUUAAGCAUCGAUUUGCGCCAAUUUAUUUUCUGAUGGCAUUUUCGUAAUUUCUUGGGCGACGAAAGGCCAGUUUCUUUGGAUAUUGCAGGCUACAGAUCACGGAUUCGGCCUGAGGCUAUUCUCCAACGAUGAUUGAGUCCAUUAAGCACCGAUUUGGGAGGAUUUAUUCGGGGUCAAUUUUUGGCAGAUUUCAAAGGGGUACCAUCACAGAUAUCGGGCGAUUUAUCCGAAAUGCCACUUUCUUGCUAUUCAGUGGGCUACAGAUCAUGAAAUCAGGCCGAGGCUAUUCUCCACCGAUAAUGAAAUCUAUUGAUCCUAUUUUCCACGGAUAAUAUGUCCGUUAAGCAUCGAUUUGGGCCAAUUUAUUUUCGGAUGACAUUUUCGUAAUUUCUUGGGCGACGAAAUGCCAUUUUCUUUGGAUAUUGAAGGCUAAAGAUCACGGAUUCGGCCUGAGGCUAUUCUCCAACGAUGAUUGAGUCCAUUAAGCACCGAUUUGGGCGGAUUUAUUCAGGGUCAAUUUUUGGCACAUUCGAAAGGUGUACCAUCACCGAUUUCAGGCGAUUUAUCCGAAAUGCCAUUUUCUUUCGAUUAUGGAGGCUACAGAUCACGGAAUCAAGCCGAGGCUAUUCUCCACCGAUAAUGAAGUCUAUUGAUCCUA